AUGAGUCAGAACAGAAAGCUGUACACUUACUCUAACUUUAGAAAUACUGUCUUCUCUGAGAUAAGCAUUGGGAUCUCUGGCAACAGUGUCCUUCUCUUCUUCCAUGUCCUCACACUCAGUAGUGAGCACAAGCCCAGACUCACUGACUUACCUGUUGGCUUCUUGGCUGUAAUCCACCUUCUGUUGCUGCUGGUUGCGAGCAUCAUAGCUACUGAUAUUUUUAUGUUUCAUCAAGGAUGGGACGACAUCACAUGUAAAUCUCUUUUCUUCUUAUACAGAUUUUUGAGGGGUCUCUCUGUUUGUGGCACCUGCUUGCUGAGUGUGCUCCAGGCCAUCACUCUCAGCCCCAGAAACUCCUGUUUAGCAAAGUUCAAAAGAAAAUUAUCCCCAAGUCACAACUUAGGGUCCUUGUUUGUCCUUUGUUCCUUCUAUUCAUCCUUUUCCACUUACCUAUUCAUCUCCAUGGUUAAGACCCCUAAUGUGACCUCAGACUACCUAUUGUAUGUUACUGAAUCCUGCUCUCUUGUACAUUUCAGUUUCCCAAUGACAUACGUAAUAUCCACAUUGUUCAUCUUCAGGGACGUUUUCGUUAUGGGUAUCAUGUUUCUCUCCAGCGGGUACAUGCUGAUUCUGCUGUGCAGGCACAAGAAGCAGGUCCAGCAUCUUUACAUAACCAACUUUACUUCAAAAGCAUCACCAGAGCAAAGGGCCUCCCGGACCAUCCUGCUGCUCUUGUGCUUCUUUGUGCUCAUGUGUAUCUUGGAUAGCAUUAUGAUAUUCUCAAGGCAUAUGUUCGAAGAUGAUCCAAUAUUUUACUUUAUCCGGCUGCUUGUGAGCCAUAGCUAUGCCACAGUCAGUCCUUUUGUGUUCAUCAGCACUGAAAAGGAUAUCAUUGGCCUUUUCUUGUCCAUGUGUGAGAGGACAGUGACCAGAGUGUAA